ACAUUUAGUUUACAGCAAUGGCAAUCUUGGUUUUGUGGCUGGCUGUUUAUGGUCUCACUUUGUGUAAUGAUGCCUACUGUAGUAAUGGCUGGGGGAAGAACCCAGGAGGCUCUCAGAAUAUUCCCUUUUCCCCCAGAGUAGGUAGUUCUGCCCGUAACAGGUAUUCUAAGGUUGGUUUUGUACCUUCUGGAAAUGGUGAUUCUUCUGUUUAUUUCCGGGCUGCAUUGUCUUUAAGAUCUGUUAUAGUAUUGUGUAAUGAGGCAGACCUGAUUAUAAUCGUAAACAAAGAUCUCUUUGGAACAGGACAAUGGGUGAAGGAGUCUGACCUUGCUUUAGGUUCUGUUGGUUGUCCCCCAACUUAUAAGAAUGCUACUACUGUUGUUUUCCAGUAUGGACUCCAUGAAUGUGGAAGCUCUGUAGAAAUGACAGAAGAUGCUUUGGUCUAUAAUACUGAUCUGUACUAUAGUCCUAGCAGCAACCUUGUCAUAAUAAGAACCAAUGAGGCUGUGGUUCCUAUCCAGUGCUAUUAUCCAAGGAAGGACAAUGUAAGCAGUAAUGCCAUACAACCUACCUGGAUUCCAUUUAGAUCAACUGUAUCAUCUGAACAAAAACUUAACUUCACUUUGAGGUUAAUGAAUGAUGACUGGAGUUCUGUUAGACAAUCCGCUGAGUACUCUCUUGGUGAUGUGCUACAUAUUGAAGCUUCUGUAUCAACUGAGAACCAUGUCCCUUUGCGGAUUUUCAUUGACAGCUGUGUGGCAACACUCCAAGAUGAUGAAAAUUCUGUUCCCAAAUACUCCAUAAUUGAGAACUAUGGUUGCUUAACUGAUAGCAGAGCUACAGAUUCUUCAGCUUUCCUAUCCCCAAGAUCCAGGGAUGAUGUACUUCGUUUUGAUCUGUCUGCUUUUAGAUUCUUCAAGGAUUCCAGAAGUAUGAUUUAUAUCACCUGCCACCUGAAAGCUGUCAGCAUUUCCCAGAGUCCAGAUGCUAUAAAUAAAGCCUGUUCCUUCACUUGGUCUGAUGAUAUUUGGUCUCCAGUAGAAGGCUUAAAUAACAUCUGCAGCUGCUGUAAUACUGCAAAUUGUGGUUAUAACAAACUUCUCCGUCCAUCUGGAAGGAGAUCUAGUGGAAGGGAUUCCUUCAGAAGACAUGGGAAGAGAAGUGCCUCAAGAUGGACCCAGAAAGGGGAUGCUCACAUUGGGCCAAUUAUUUUCAAUUCAUUUGAAGAGGUUCUACAGGAAGUCUCUACCUCCAAGCAUGCCCAGAAUUCCAGUGGUCUGAAUAUUGGAAUGAUGUCACUUAUCAUAGCUGGACUUGCAGGAGCUGUAAUAUUCAGUGUUGCAGCUAUUUAUGUGAAGUGUAGAUCACUAGGUGAAGCUCAUCAAUAAAGCUGUUUUUGUUAGUAUCUAAA